GCAAAUAAUUCCUGUAAAAUGCAUGUAGGAGAAAAGUGUUACAGGACCUUGUUGGCUUAAAAACGUCUGGAAACUAGAAAGCACCCCUUGUUGUAUUAUGCAUCAGCAUAACACAGAGCAUCACUUUCACAGGAGCCUGGUUCCUCUGAAGACCUGCCAUUGUAUUCCCUCCAGCUGAUGCAGAGAAAGAAGGAUGAGGAGGAGGCUGACAUUGAACUGAGAAUGCAGGAGCAAUCUGAAUUGACUCUUCUGUCUGUGGAAGAACACAAGGAAAAUCUUCAGAAAACUAUGCAGCGAAUGAAGGACUGCAAGGAAGAUUUCACAGAGUUUUUGAAGAUAAAAGAUGCAGAUCAACAAGCGGCCAAGAGAAAAGCGAAACACGACAAGCAGCUGAUCGCCGUGAGGGAGGUAGACGUACGUGACCUUGAAGAGGAGAUCGGAGAGCUCACUGAGGAGAGAGACCAGCUGGAGAAACGCAUGCAGAGAUAUGCGGUCUACAGCCAGUACAUGGAUACAUUUGUGCAGGCCACCAAUGUCGAAGCACGACGGGUGAUGUCUCGCUUUAAGACGCUGGUCUUGGCCAGGGAACACCUUCGAAAACUUACCCAUCAGGGCCAAGAAAAGAUCCGGGAGGCCCGGGCCCAUCUGGACAGUUUAACCAAAGAGAGCAGCGAUGUCAAAAUGCACCUGACCAGUACAACGGCGCAAUACCAGAGGCAACUGGACGAAGCGCAGCAGAAUCUUAUGCAUUGGGAGAGGACAUGGAGCAGUAUUCAGAAAACGGCAGCGGAGCAGACCAUUUUCUUUGGGAAAACAAGGAUGGCCUGCUUGAAUCUGUACCGAAAUGUGUGCGAGCGGUCUCAGAUUGGUCGCCAGAAUCCUGUCCACCCAGAGGACACCGAUGGGCAGCUAGCGAUGAUUGAGACAUUCCUCACUCAUUGGAUUUCAGCUCUGAAGUUGUAAAUGAACAUAACCAGCUAGGAACAGGGAGCCAUUAGGAGACAUCUUACUUUUGCCUCAGUACAGAUUAAAGGAAAAUAUUAUUUCAGAUAAAUGUACGGUGAUAAAAAAUAAAAAAGAAUUACAAUU